AUGCAGCUGCUGUGGCGGCAUCUGCUGACCUGGCGGAAGGUGAUUCAAUGCUGCAUCGACACUCCCCUCGGAGGUGUCUAUAGAAACGUCCCAAGCUUUUUUGUAUAUCCCACGCAUUCCCUCUCCUACUGCAUUCUCAAACUCGAACCAAAUCAACCACACAUCUUGGCUUAUUCCUUUUCCAGUACCAUGGCCACGAAGACUCAAGCCAUGGCUGGACUCCUCCUUUUGAGUUUACUGUUCUGUAUAUUCACCUCUGGGCAACUGGUCACCACUGUUACCCAAUGCCUCCUGUGAAGGAGCUGCUCUGGCUCCGCCGCCGCUCUUCUGUCGCCGGCGAACUCAUUUGCCGGAACAGAACUUUGUUUUUGUUUUCCAGUCCGUUACGCACCCUCUAUAUAAAGGGGCACAAGGUGUUCGACGAAUACAUGCUAUUUCUUUGAAAUACAAAUACAUUCUGUGCAUUCUUUCUCAUUAUCUUCGGUAUUCUUCUUCUAUUUCCGGAAGUUCUUGAAGCAGUUUCAAGCUUUCCAAAGUCAACAAGUGGUAUCAGAGCCACUCGGUCGAGGGAGGAAGAAGAUGUCGAAGAAAGGAGGUGAGGCGAGCACUUCUGGCGAGCGUGGGAUGGAGAUGGUGUCGCCGGCGCCAUCUCUCAUGCUGUCGAAGAUUAAUUAUCGUGUCUGGGCGAUGCUGAUUAAGGCAUUCCUUGAUUCUCACGAAUUGUGGCAAGCAAUUGUAGGUGAGAAUAUCCCGAAGAAGAAAGAUCGCUUGGCUCUAUCCACGAUCUUCAGAGUAGUUCUGGAGGAGACGAUGUUAAUUCUUGACACAAAGAAGAUGACGAAGGAGAAUUGAGAGAUUCUCAAGUCUCAAAAUCUUGGUGUGGAUUGAGUUAUUCAAUCAAGAAUUCGGGAUUGAAGCGUGAGUAUGAAAUUCUCACGAUGCAGAAGGAUGAAGCCGUGGUGGAUUUUGCGACGAAAUUCAUUGGAAUCAUCUCAGAGCUUUGGAACCUAGCUGAGAAGAUGGAAGAAAAAGAGGUGGUGCGGCGAUUUCUGAGGGCGACGCCUUCAAAAUUCGAUGCUCCCACCUUGUCUUUGGAACAAUAUGGCGAUUUGGAUAAAAUCAGCCUUGACGAGACCAUUGUUCACUGAGCGUCCAUGAGCUGCGACUCAAGGAGCAUGAAUCAAGAGAGGAGGAACAAGCUUUAUUGGCCAGAACACUGAGCAAAUCGAAGAUCUCGAUUGAGGAGGAGUCCUCAUCUCGUGAAAGAGGUAGACACCGCGGCUGAGGUAGAGGUAGAAGCCGUGGACAAGGGCGAAAUUAGUCGAAUGAAGAAGGAAAGAAACAUUUCGAUAAAUCUCAGGUAAAAUGUUAUAAUUGUGAGAAGUUUGGGCAUUUUGUCUAUGAAUGCUGCAGCGAGAAAAAGAAGUCAGACAAUUGAACAUAUGUGGCUGAGUCUUCUGACAAGGAGGAAUCCUCGCUUCUGAUGACAUUUACAAUGAACAUGGCGGUUUACUACUCCAAACCUUUGAGAGUGAGCUCUUUGAUCCCGAUUUCUAGUAUCUUGAUAUUGGAGCUACUAAUCAUACGUCUGGUUGUCGGACUUUCUUCACUGAGUUGGAUGAGACAACAUCCGGGGUGGUCAAAUUUGGAGACAAUUCGAAGGUCCGAAUUGAAGGCUGAGGUAGUCUCUUGGCCAACAAGAAGGAUGACAGUGUGCUUCGGCUCACUGAUGUCCUAUUUGUCCCUCAAUUAAAGGCCAAUAUUCUCAGUUUGGGUCGUCUGGAUGAAGAAGGCUGCCGGAUGACAAUGUAUGGGGUAAGUUGACUAUUUUUGACCGACAUGGCAAACUCUUUACUGAAGUCCAACGAUCGGAAUGCAUGGUCUACUUACUGAGGCUAAGUGUAGUAGAUUACUAUCUGAUUACUACAAAUACAAAGAGUGAGUAUUGAUUGUGACAUGCUCGUUUUGGCCACUUGAAUUUUUACUCUUUGAAGGAAAUGUCGAGCAAGCAUCUGGUGCAGGGACUUCCUUAAAUCAGGCUGCCUACUCAAGUCUGCAGAAGCUGUGUAGCAGGCAAACAACACCGAGCUCCAUUUCCUAAAGCCUCCACAUUUUGAGCCUCACAACCACUAGAACUUGUAUAUGCUGAUAUUUACAGACCCAUUACUCCACCCACAUUAGGAGGGAGCUAGUAUUUUUUUUUAUUAAUCAUUGAUGAUUAUUCGAGAUUAAUGUGGGUGGCUUUGCUAAAAGAAAAAUUGGAUACUUUCACUGAAUUCAAGAAAUUCAAAGCAUUAGCAGAGGCUGAGAAAGACACGAAGAUCAAGUAUUUUCGCUUAGACAAGGGAGUUGAGUUUACAUCUAAUGAAUUUAUUGAGUUUUAUGCUUCACAAGGCAUCAAGAGACACUUGACUGCCCGCUACUCACCUCAACAAAACGGCAUAGUGGAGAGAAAGAAUCAGACUGUGAUGUCCACGGUCCGAAGCAUGUUGAAAGAGAAGAAGUUGCCCUAAGAAUUAUGGGGAGAGGUACUGAACACUUUUGUUUACAUUCUAAAUCGCUCAUCCCCAAAAAGUCUGCAAGGUAUGACCCCCCUAUGAGAAGUGGACAGGUAGAAAGCCACAUAUUGACCAUUUACUGAUUUUCGGGUCAAUUGUGAAGUGUAAAGAACACUAAAGGCCCAUAGAAGAAGCUUGACGAUAGAAGUAGCCCCAUGGUGCUUAUUGGAUAUGAAGUAGGUACUAAAGCCUACAGAUGUUAUAAUCUAGUCAACAGCAAAGUCAACAUCAGUAGGGAUGUUCUCUUUGAAGAAGAAAGUAAGUGGGACUGGUAGAAGAAAGGUAAAAAAGCCACUAAUUUUACUUUCUUACCUGAUUUUCUAUCUGAUCAGGUCGUGGAGGAAGUCUCUGAUUCCGAGAUUAAUGAAGUGGAGACAUUCGAACCUCAGGAGGAGAUUUUUGCUUCUCAGACUGAGUCUGAAGACAAUUAAGCUCCGAAAUAUAUGUCACUCACUCAUAUCUACUCGAAGACAAACCCGAUGUGGAUGAAGAUUAUUUUCUCACUUGUGAAGAACCAAACUCUUAUACAGAUGCCUCUCAAGAGGAAGUAUGGAGGAGAGCUAUGAAGGAAGAAAUGGAGGCUAUUGAUCGAAGUCAAACAUGGGAGCUAGUAGCACCCCCGGCUGAUUGCAAGUCAAUUUAAAUAGAUAUUCAAGCUCAAAAGGAGUGCACAAGGUGAAGUUGUGAGGCACAAAGCCAGACUGGUUGUGAAGGGCUAUUCACAAAGGCAAACUCAAAGGAGAUGGACUUUACAUCAUCUUGAUGUUAAGUCAGCCUUCCUAAAGGGGGAAGAAGAGAAACCUAUGAAAUUACUCGUGGACAAUCAGUCCGUGAUUAUCCUAAGCAAAAAUCCAGUUCAACACAAUCAUAUAAAGCACAUCGAUACAAGGUAUCAUUUCACACAUCUGUGUUGAAGAACAGAAGCUUGAGGUUUCCUACGUGAAGACGGAGGACCAGAUGGCGGACAUACUGACUAAGACGUUGGGAAGAUUGAAAUUCUUGGAGAUGCGACGACAUCUGGGUGUGCGAAAUCUUCGUACAGAGGAGCAAGAGCAAGGAGGAGAUUGAAGGAGCUGCUCGGUUCCGCCGCCGCUCUUCCGUCGCCGGCAAACUCAUUCGCCGGAGCAGAACUUUGUUUUUGUUUUUCAGUCCAUUACUCACCCUCUCUCUCCUUCUCUUAUUGGUUCCCCUAUAUAAAGGGGCGCAAGGUGUUCGACGAAUACAUGCUUGCUAUUUUUUUGAAAUACAUUCUGUGCAUUCUUUCUCAUUCUCUUCGGUGUUCUUGAUUCUUCCAUUUCUGGAAGUUCUUGAACCAGUUUCAAGCUUUCCGAAGUCAACAUCCUGCACACCGUGGAACUAGGCGUCUGUGGCGUUGUGCUCAACCUCAUCAAAAUCGACGGACUCACCGGGCCCCUCAACACAACCUGUUGCAAUCUGUUCUCGGCUCUCACGAGUCAGCAGGCGUCCAGUUGCCUCUGCAUUGCGAUAAAGCUUGGCUUCCUUGGCCUCAACGUUACCAUUCCCGGUGACAUCGGUAUUCUGCUGACUUACUGCGGCAAGCAAGUGCCUCUCCUGACUUGUUCAUAA